AUGGCCCUGAUUGACAAGGUGUCUGAUGUUGGAGUUCCACCUGAAAAGGGGGAAGCACUUAUCAGCGAAGGAGUUGUGGCUUCUGCGAGUUCUGCAACUGUUGUGAGUUUGAAUCUCUCCUCUACAGGUGGCUGUGAGAAGCAGAGGGGUGAUUGCAAGGAAGAAAGAAGUGGGUCGGAAGAAAGUGUAUUAGAGAAUGAAGAUUAUGUCUAUACCAACUCCUUGCCGUAG